AGGAGCAGUGUAGGGUUGUGGCUAGAUGAGCCGGGUUCCUGACUUGAAGGAGAAAGAGUGCGACGAACACCAUCGGACAAAAUGGGGACGACGAGGGACGACGCCAAGCGGCAAGAAUCAGAACUUCAGAGCAAUGAUUCGGUGCAGGGCCAGGAGGAGGGGGAGGGGAGCGUCAAGGGCGUGGACAAGCCUCUGAAGCGCAGCUUGGCCGCACGCCACCUGACAAUGAUCUCCCUUGGCGGCAUCAUUGGGCCUGGUCUGCUCGUCGGAUCGGGCAAUGCGCUCGCGACGGCAGGCCCUGUCGGCGCUCUCAUCUCGUACAUCAUCACUGGCGCCGUCGUCUUCUUCACCAUGCAGUCCCUCGGCGAGCUGGCGACGUACUUUGAUCGUUCGCAGGAGUCGCUCGUCGGCUUCUGUUCCCGACUCAUUGACCCAGCCGCAGGUGCUGUCAUGGGCUUCAACUAUGCCAUUCUUUGGAUGUUUGUCCUUGCCAACGAGUACGUCUCGGUAGCGACAGUCAUCCGCUUCUGGGAACCGGCGCGGGUCGUACCUGUCGGUGCAUACAUUGCCAUCUUCUGGGUCGCUUUCCUGGCUUUCAGCAUGAUGGGCGUCAUGGCCUACGGCGAGGCUGAGUUCUGGCUUGCCAGUAUCAAAGUUCUCUUUCUCGUCGUCUUUUUUAUUCUUUCCAUUGUCGUCAACGUUGGCGGGACGGGCACACACGACUAUGUGGGCUUCCGCUACUUUCAACAUCCAGGCUCCUUUGUAGGCGACAGCGCCCUCCAUCGUUUCAGCAACAUUGCGAAGAUCUUUUCACUGGCCAGCACGCAAUUUGCUGGCGUCGAAAUGGUCGCCAUCACGGCAGCCGAGGCCCGUCGACCGGAAAAGGCCGUGCCCAUUGCUAUUCGAUCGGUAUUCUGGCGUAUUCUCUUCUUCUACCUCGGCACAGUCUUCUUUAUUUCGCUCAAUGUGCCCUACGACGACCCGAAUCUGCUCUCGGCCAGCAGCAAAGCGGCGUCCUCGCCGCUCACGAUUGCGCUUCAGCGCGGCGGGAUCUCGGCCGCCGCCAGCGUCAUCAAUGCCUUCAUCAUCGUUUCGGUUCUCUCGGCAGGCAACUCGUCGCUGUACGUCGCUUCACGGACCAUUUGCGUCAUGGCACGCAACUCGAUGCUGCCGAGAUUUAUGGGCUGGACUACACCUCGCUCCCGCGUGCCCGUUCCUGCGUUGCUUCUGUCCAACUGUGUGGCCCUCAUUUCGCUCAUGAGCGUCUCGAGUGGCGCAGGGAAAGCCUUUACCUAUGUUUACAACAUCUCAGGCGUCUGCACGUUCAUCGUCUGGGGUCUCAUCUGCCUCGCCGCCAUUCGCUUCCGGGCGGCUUUCUCCAGGCAGUCCGAUCGAAGUGCAAAGGACGAGCUUACUUUCAAGGCGAUGUUCUAUCCUUACGGCGCUUACUUUGCCCUCGCCAUGAACAUCCUUCUAGCGCUCAUACAAUCCUUCCCGAGCCUCCUCAAUCCCUUCUCGGCCGUAGACUUUGUCGUGGGUUACAUCAUGCUGCCCGUCAGCGCGCUCAUCUACAUUGCCUUCAAAGUAUACCAUCGGACGAAGAUGUGAGUACUUCUGCUCUUCUUCCGGACCCCUUCCUUCUGAGCGCUGACCUGACAACGUAGCGUCGCUCUGCACGAGAUCGAUCUCGACUCGGGCAGGAGAGACAUCAAGCUCGAACAGGAGCUUGAGUCGAGCCAGGCGGCGCGGUCAGACUCGAUUGAGGAUGGAGAAAAG